GGGAGGUUUGAGAUGCGCAGAACCGUCCGCUAGCGACGCAUCUUCCUGGCCUGCCCCCUUCUCUCUCUCUCUCUCUCUGUCUCUCUCUCGCUUUCCUCCUCUCUCUGUCUGCCGCUACCUGACGGGAAGUGCGCGGAAGCCGACGGGAGAACCUGGCGUGUCUGGCGAGGGGCCCUGGCUGCGUUAUGCUGCGGUAAAGGCGCCGGUGUUUACCAGGGGAUGUAGAGAGACCGGACCGCGCCGUGUCUGCUCUGCCCGGCCCGCUGCACCGACCCGCGCGCGGCCUGCCAAGCACACAAGAUGUCGACCAGAACGCCAUUGCCUACAGUCAACGAGCGGGACACCGAGAACCACUCGUCAGUAGAUGGCUUCGUCGAACCUCCAGUUCCUCCGACAAAGUCUGCAAGUCGCCACAGCUUGCCGCGAUGUCGCAACUCUUUUACCUCCACCGAGGAGCAACCUCAUAUUGGCAACUAUCGCCUUCUAAAGACCAUUGGGAAGGGGAAUUUUGCCAAGGUGAAGCUGGCACGACAUGUCCUGACAGGGCGAGAGGUUGCGGUGAAGAUCAUCGAUAAAACCCAGCUGAACCCCACCAGUCUGCAGAAGCUCUUCAGGGAAGUUCGAAUAAUGAAGAUCCUGAAUCAUCCCAACAUUGUGAAACUAUUUGAGGUGAUAGAGACGGAGAAGACACUUUACUUGGUCAUGGAGUACGCCAGCGGUGGGGAAGUAUUUGACUAUCUAGUUGCCCAUGGCAGAAUGAAGGAGAAGGAGGCGCGGGCCAAGUUCAGACAGAUUGUGUCGGCUGUUCAGUAUUGUCACCAAAGGAGGAUAGUCCACAGGGAUCUAAAGGCUGAGAACCUGUUGUUAGAUGCUGAUAUGAACAUCAAGAUCGCAGACUUUGGCUUCAGCAACGAGUUCACAGUGGGGAGCAAGCUGGACACGUUCUGUGGUUCUCCACCGUACGCUGCUCCUGAGCUCUUUCAGGGAAAAAAGUAUGAUGGCCCAGAGGUGGACGUCUGGAGCCUCGGGGUCAUCUUGUAUACACUGGUUAGCGGCUCACUACCCUUCGACGGGCAAAACCUAAAGGAGCUGAGGGAGAGGGUCCUGCGAGGGAAGUACCGUAUUCCCUUCUACAUGUCCACAGACUGUGAAAACCUGCUGAAGAAACUCCUCGUCCUCAACCCUGUGAAACGAGGCAGUUUGGAGCAAAUCAUGAGAGACCACUGGAUGAAUGUGGGUCACGAGGAGGAAGAGCUUAAGCCUUACAUCGAGCCAGAGGCGGACUUCAGUGACUCAUCGAGGAUAGAGCUCAUGGUGACAAUGGGCUUCCCCAAAGAUGAGAUCACCGAGUCCCUACAAGGCCAGAAGUAUGACGAUGUCAUGGCGACGUAUCUCUUGCUGGGCAGAAAAGCUCCAGAGUUCGAGGGAAGUGAACCACUUACUAACAGCAUCCUGGGUCAGCGGCAGCGGCCGACCAGUGACAUCAACAACAGUUCCAGCAUUUCCCCGGCUCAUCCCAAAGUCACACGCAGCAUCUCGGCCAAUCAGAAACAGCGGCGCUACAGUGAUCAUGGUGGGGAUGAUGAGGGUGGUGUUGGUGGUGUCGUAGAGAAGCCAAUUGGUCCGUCUGUGCCCCCGGCAGUGUCGUACACAAGGCGCGGCCAAGCCUUAAGUGUGGAGAGUGACCACAGGGAGGAGUGGGAUGGAGCCCGCCGGCUGGAGCUCAGCACUUCAAAAGGAGAUGUUCCAGCGUCACCGCUGGGAGUGCAGGAGAGAAAGAAAACAACAAGCGCUGUUGGGACAAAUGGAUCAAUGACUCGCAGGAACACGUAUGUGUGUGAACGGUCGUCCACUGACCGCUACUCGGCGAUUCCCAAUGGCAAAGAUAGCAGUCUAACUGAGGUGUCUGGAAGCACUCCUUCGACUGCUAUGAGCUCGACACGCCCACGUCACACCAAGUCCAUGUCAGCGUCAGGGCAUCCUUCAAAGAGCACACUGCCCCCUAUAGACGACAACACGGAGCUUAAAUCGAGCUCUUCUCCAAGAGGUCCCUCCACCUCACCGUCCGCACACAGUAUUAGUACCCCAGAGAAGAACCGCUUCCCCCGUGGCACCACGAGUCGCAGCACCUUUCACGGUGCUCAGCUCAGAGACCGGCGCAGUGCGACUUACAACGGACCUCCAGCUUCACCCACGCUGUCACAUGAUACUGGAGCUCUUGCUCAGCAGCGACGGGGCACAUCUACCGGGAUCAUCAGCAAGAUCACCUCCAAGUUUGUUCGCAGAGCUCUGUCUUUCAGGUCCACACGGAGGGUUCCUAGUGAGGGCGAGGCCAGUGCCAGGACAGAAACCCCCAGGAGCGCCUCCGGAGACACCAAGGACGACGGGGGUCGGGACUCCAAGCCUCGCUCGCUGCGCUUCACCUGGAGCAUGAAAACCACUUCGUCGAUGGAGCCCGCCGAGAUGAUGAGGGAGAUCCGGAAGGUCCUGGACGCCAACAGCUGCGACUACGAGCAGCGCGAACGCUUCCUCCUUUUCUGCGUCCACGGCGACGCUCGCCAGGACAAUCUGGUUCAGUGGGAGAUGGAGGUGUGCAAGCUGCCGCGGCUCUCUCUCAACGGCGUGCGCUUCAAGAGAAUAUCAGGCACGUCCAUCGCCUUUAAGAACAUCGCCUGCAAAAUCGCCAACGAGCUCAAGCUGUGACAGCGGACCGAGCCUCUGCCGAGCCCCGGCUUCUUCUCAUCACUGGAUUCGUGUCGACACACUUCAGCACUGAAGGUCCUCACCUCGCAGAAUCAGGGCGGCCUCGGCUGGUCACGUGCAAUACCAGCCACGAAUGUACUGUACAGGGUAGUGGAUCGGAGAGACAUCGCAAGAGAGCGAACAAGAACAGCUUUUUAUUUCCUCCUGCUGCCAUCCAGCCGUCUGUCCCAUCAGCCGCUGCUCUUCGUCCUAGGAUGCCUCCAUGUAACAGUGCAGUAUGCAAAUGAAGAUGACCAUCCUGCAAUAAUGUUUCCAAUCUUUUUUUUUUUAAAGAUCUACUAUCCUCGCAGACUAACCAUUAAAGUUACUGAACGCUAAAAUAGCCGCUUUCCCACCUGUGUUAAGUCAGUAUAUAGAUCAGGCUGGAGCUCGUACUAAAACUAUGUAAAAAGAGAAUUGUACUGUAUGCAUAACAUCUGCAGGUACUGUAUUGUAUAUUGAUUUUGGGUUCUGUACAGAAUUUAAUUGUCGAUACUGUUGUUUUUUUUUUCUUCCAUUGGAUUUCAUUUGUUUUCCUGAUAUGAUUGAUGUCUCUUCGAGCGUUCUCCUUUACAGUCUGGUUUUAUUGGACAAGAGCCACCGUAAGGAAAUAGUGUUUUCAAUUUUAUUUAAAGAGCACUAAAUUAUUUUGUGGAAUAUUAAGGGAUGUGUUCCCUCGCCUUUUUUUAUGUUAAAUAUUAUUUGCCUAAGGAAAGAAACACUAUGUUGCACCACAUAGACUUGAGUAGUACCUUCAGUUAAAACUGAAAACGUGUUCACUUUAUUUUCUCUCGGCAGCAGGGAGGCGAGUCUUUUCGGAGGACCUGCUGUAAUUGCACAAGUUUUCCAGAGUGAUGUGUCCGAACAUGAGAGCGCGCACCUUCUUUCGUGUUCGUUUUGGUCCUCGAGGCGGGCUUUGGCUUCUCGAGCGGAGGACAGGAAAUGUGAAGAUGCAUGAAAGAAGCAGUUUGUCUCCUCUUCCGAAACGUCAUCCUGCCAUCGUGUGAUUGUGCAGGUAUUUGUGUAUCUCCUGAUUUGUCUUUCUGAUUUUUUUAAUUCAGCGAAUUUUAUUGUAUUUAUUCCAUUACAUUGUAAUGUGCUGCUUUGUAGAAUUGAGGCGUGCACUUUGUUGGAGAAAAUAAAAGGAUUUUAUUUGUUUGUA